AUUCUUUGUAGUACUUGUGUGUCUGACUUGUAAAUUUACUCUGUGCUCAAGUUUUAAAGUGUUUUAAAAUGCUGUUACCUUACAGAUGAAUAUUGUCAUUAACUGAUGUAUUCACCAUAUUUGAAAGCUGUACAGCCACCAGAUUCUUAGCUGCUCUGCUUGCUGAUACUGAAGAGUCGAGGACUUGUGACUGUGCAAAAUGAAUGAGCAUCCUAAAAAGAGGAAAAGGAAGACACUGCAUCCUUCUCGAUACUCAGACGGGGAAACUUGCUCAAGAUACAAAAUGAGGAUGAUUCUACUAACACACAAGGAUUCUUCAGGCACAAGCAGAUACAUAGACAACAGUGGAAUUUUUUCGGACCACUGCUAUAGCGUCUGUUCGAUGAAACAGCCAGACAUCAAGUUUUCUGAAAACAGAGGUAGAUUCCACAGUCCUGUGCAGAGCCUAGACACGGACGAUGAUGGGAGUCCUGUGCACGCUGGGACUUCUCAGUGGAGUGGGUCCCAUUCAAACGUUGUGGGGUUGCACUAUGCCGACCCUAAAAGGAGGGAUAAAGGUAAAGAUAAAAGUACUAAUAAUGGAAUGUGCAGAGACUUAUGUGAUUCACCUAUAUUCAGUGACAGCCCUACAGAAGAAGAGAAACCUCUUGAUAUUCAAACCGUAGAAAUUUCUACAACAGAAGUGAAUGCUGUAGAAGUUCAUGAUAUAGAAACACAAACUGUCUCACCUGAAAAGCUAGAAGCUGAGGACCUAGAGGAAAUCCCUCUGGAAACAUGUAAAAUGUUUGAGAAGAACCAGGCUUUGAACAUCACAGCUCAACAGAAAUGGCCUUUGCUGAGAGCCAACAGCAGUGGCUUAUACAAGUGUGAGCUCUGUGAGUUUAAUAGCAAGUACUUCUCUGAUUUAAAGCAGCACAUGAUCCUGAAGCAUAAGACCUGUACAGACACCCACGUCUGUAAAGUUUGUAAAGAAAGCUUCUCCAGCAAAGUGCAGCUCAUUGAGCACGUAAAGCUGCACGAGGAGGAUCCGUACAUCUGUAAAUACUGUGAUUACAAAACUGUGAUAUUUGAGAACCUGAGUCAGCACAUAGCAGACACUCACUUCAACGACCACCUGUACUGGUGUGAGCAGUGUGACAUGCAGUUCUCCUCCAGCAGCGAGCUGUACCUGCACUUCCAGGAGCACAGCUGUGACGAGCAGUAUUUGUGUCAGUUCUGCGAGCACGAAACAAACGACCCGGAAGAUCUGCACAGCCACGUGGUGAACGAACAUGCCUGCCGACUGAUAGAGCUAAGUGACAGCUACAAUAACAAGGAGCGAGGACAGUACAGCCUCAUAAACAAAAUCAGUUUUGACAAAUGCAAAAACUUCUUUGUGUGCCAAGUGUGUGGCUUUAGGAGCAGGCUGCAUACAAACGUGAACAGGCACGUAGCUAUUGAGCACACCAAAAUAUUCCCUCAUGUUUGUGAUGACUGUGGGAAGGGCUUUUCAGGUAUGUUGGAAUACUGCAAGCAUUUAAGCUCUCAUUUAUCUGAAGGGAUUUAUUUGUGUCAAUACUGUGAAUAUUCAACAGGACAGAUUGAAGACCUUAAAACUCACUUGGAUUUCAGGCAUUCAGCAGAUUUGCCUCAUAAGUGUACCGAUUGUUUAAUGAGGUUUGGAAACGAGAAAGAUCUUUUAAGUCAUCUUCAGAUACAUGAGACAGCCUGAUUUCUGUCUUUCCCUGUAAGCAGUUGGUUAGAAUUGGAAUGAAUUUCCAGUUGCUGGAAGUUGGCAUUAAAUACAUUUUUAACAGCAAUUGUACAAUUCCAGUGUUUUCAUCUUUGUAUCAGCAGAGCAUGUUUAACAACUUGGUGUUGUGAGUUUCCUAACCUAGGGGUUUCAGUUGAAAUAAUCAUGCUUAUAGUGUGAUGGGUCUGCUUCUGGGGGGACAGUGGGAGUAGUUGUGUGUUGUGGUAGCAGUUCUGAUGGUCAUCCUGCAUUUCCACAUCUCCUAUACAAGACCAUCUCUCUCGAGUUUAAAAGGCGCAAAGAGCAAGUCAAUAUCUAGCUUCAUGCUAAAGUAACACCAUGGGGAUCUCAAUUGUAUAUGCAGCUCGUUACCCUCUGUCACAGCAGGUUGUGCUGAUGUUUAGCAAAGUUAGCCCAGCCUGGCAAAGAUGAAGGUGUUCCAAAAAUUCCCAAGCAUGGAUGUCUCCAAACUGACAUACCAGCCUGCAUUUCCCACCUCAUACUCUUGAUAAGCUUUUAAAGUUGCCCUGUUUUUCUCUUGGGGAUACUCUACUUG